AUGACCACCGUCUGUUCGACACCCAAUUCCCCGCCCGAAUUGUCCGGGUCCAAAUCUUCCAAAUCCUCCUCCUUCCAUUCCUCGCAGAUCGACGGCUCAGAUAGCAUUUUUACAGAUGUCGGAAACUUCGAAGAGAUCGGUCUGGAAGAUGAUUCAGAACUUCAGAUCGCCGCCGAUCCAUCUACAACCCCUUAUGGUCGUCCCGGUCUAACGGGUCGGUCGCCCGCCGCUGCUCGACUCUCUAACAAGAGCCCUGCCGCUACGACACGCGAUUUGACAGCGACGCCAAAACCGAGACAACGAAGUCCUCUUCCUCCUAUCCAUAAUCAGACUAAUGGCGCUAUCAAAACUCCGCAAUCCGCCGGUUCCCUGUCGGCCCGGUCUCCGAACAGGAGAGACUCAUCUAGCACUGUUAACUCGGCUAGUUUGACACCCUCCCAACCGCGACGAUCACGAUCAACGUCUCCUUUACGGCCUACGUCGAGUCGGUCUGCUUCGACUACUAGUCUUGCGCUGUCUCCGUUGUCUGCUAGGACGCCUACGCAGAAGCAGACAUGGCAGCCGAAUCGCAAGACGUUGAAGGAUUUGGAAGAGGAAUACCACGACUCGGAUGAUGAACUUCCUGAUGAUGCUAGUCUUUGGAAUAUUCCUAUCUCCCCACGCCCAGUCCAAGAUCGUCCACAGUCACGGAAUACCAGUCCCAGUGGCCGGAGCCCUGGACCAAGACCGUUACCCAUAUCCCAUACGACUUCGGAGGCUGCUGUUGUGCCGUCUACGUCUAAUGCGUCUAAAGCUGCUCGUAUGAGACGGGCCCCGCAACGGUCUAGCUCUGCUGGGCCUGAACGUGGUCAAUUAUCGCCUCGGAAUCCUCGCGCCUAUUCUUAUAACAGCUUUUUGUCUGAUCUAUCGGAGGAAGCAAGGAUCAUCACUGAGGCUCUGGAGCAUCAUGCUGAUGAGAACGGUCGUAAACGAGAGGAUGCAGUGCAGAAUGGGACAUCACGGCGGUCAAGUUCAGAGUCACCACGUCCAUCACGUGAGAAUAUCGAACUUCCACCGGUCCAAAAGUCCAAUAUUAUGAUCGAUCCUUUGCCCAUUAGCAAAGAGAAGGAAAAGGUUCUUACGCGGACUCGUCCGAGCUGGCUACCGCCGAAGGACCAGAAGGAGGAAAAGAAGCACUUGAGACAAUAUAAGGAAAUGAUGGCUCAAUCAAAGGAGGCUGAUAAACGGAAAGCUGCGCGGGCUGCGUCGGCUCAAUGUGAAAAGGAUACUACUCGCGAUACGCUUCAAAACAUCUGGGAUGAGUACGUUAACCCCAACUGGGAUCGGGUCGUAAAUGAAUCUCGUACGCGAGAACUCUGGUGGCGUGGUAUUCCUCCCCGCAGUCGAGGAUCGAUGUGGCAGCGUGCUCUUGGCAAUGAGUUAUCUCUGAGCGAUGAAUCAUUUAUCAAGGCACUGCAACGUGCUAAGGAUUUAGAGUCUAAAACCGAGGCAGAGCCAACUGAAACUAAAAAGCGACUCCUUGAAUGCUUUGCGGCAAUUGAGAAAGAUGCUUCAACGGCAUUCCCGGACUUGAACCUUUUCCAGGAGAGCGGUCCAUUGCGUGAGACUUUGAUCGACGUCCUGAAAGCAUAUUGCAUGUACCGCAGCGACGUGGGAUACAUUCAUGGACUUCAUACUAUUGCCGCUUUACUCGUUCUCCAGUUCUCUUCCCCCGGUUCAGCAUUUGUCGCCAUGGCCAAUGCCUUGAAUCGACCUCUUCCAGUCGCCUUUUUGACCUGGGACCGUGGCGGCAUGACGCGCACCUACCAUCUAGCGACCGACACCCUCCGUUACAAAUUCCCCCGCCUAGCAGUGCACCUGCACGAAACACUCCGCUUAUCAGAUGAAGAGAUAUGGGAACCCAUCUUCCGCACCCUUCUCACGAACGGUCUCGACCUGGAGCGAAUCUCACGCGUAUGGGAUUGCUGGGUCUUCGAAGGCGACCGUAUUAUGAUCCGUUCCGCAGUCGCAGUUCUAGGAUGCCUCCAAGCACAGCUAUUCUCGUUCCAUCAACCCGAUGACCAGAGCCGGAUCACUGUGCGCGACAUCUUAGGCUGGGGGCCCCGCCACAUUGGUGCGAAUAACCAAAAGCCCAAGGAUCGACACAGUGCACCUGCAGCUGCUGGCUUUGGUGGUGGUCAACUUGAAAAUCCUGGUGUGGCCGAUUACUGGAUCCUGACCGCUGCAGGCGACGAAGAUGGGUUCAUGUCCGCAGUGCGAGAGGCUGGAAAAGUCCGACAACAAGAACAACAGCCCCCUACUCCGACUCCGACAAAUUAA